UGUUGAUAUUUCCGACUUAAUUAACCUUCAUGCACUUUAUAACAUAAUUAAAGAUUCCGUUGAAGUUAAUGCAUCACCACUUCAACCAAAUGAAAUAUAUAAUUUGUUGAAAGAGGUCUAUGAAACUAAUGAAGAGGAAAAGGAAAAGAAUGAUGAUGAUGUCAAUAAUCAUCAUCUAAUGGUAACAGAUGAUAAUAAUAAUUUGAUAGUGGAACAAAAUGAUAAUGAUAUAAAUGAAGAAGAGGGUAAUAAUGACAGUGGUAAUAAUGAUAAUGGUGUGGAGGAGGAAGAAUUGAGCUCAUUGGAAGGGAGCAUAAUACAUGUAGUCUCAGGUGCAAGAUGGACCUGGACCAAUGAAGAAGUUGCAAUACUACUAAAAUACGUUUUUAGCAGAAAAAUAUCAUGCAAUGACCUUCAUUGCUCUGGUUUAAAUAGAAGAACCAAUGAAGGGAUUUCAAAAAAAUGGAGUAGGAUGAAAUUUGAAAUCAAAAAACUAUAUGGA